GUCCGGAAUCACACACGAAUGCUGGUGCUUGAAGAGUGAGCUGAUAGAGCAUCCAUGGCAGCUCCAAUUGCAUCUCCCAACUUUCUUUGUCCCCAAACUCUCCCGUUAUCCUACAAGCCACACGCGCCGCCACUAUUACCCGUCGCUCCACCUCUCAAUUGUCGCAGCAAAGCUCCGGUCCUUGUAUUUGGCCCGCGGCGGGGGCGGAAGAGCAGAGGCAUCUCCGUGGUGACGCGAGCGGGGUCCAGCAGCUACAUCUUCGCCUUCGUCUUCCCCAUAACCAUGCUCGCCAUCACCGUCGUUGCUUCCAUCCGUGUCGCGGAUAAGCUCGACCAGCAAUACCUCGAAGAGCUUGCAAUAGAGCAAUCAAUAUUGGAAACAGAGGAAGAUGAUGAUGGCAACGCCGCCACCUCCCCGAAGGAAGAGAUAGAAAUUCCAAGUAAACGUAAUCGGCCCAAACGAGAAGUUGAGAUCACAUCAACAUAAAGCUUACACGUUUUGAGUCUAAGGGACAAACAAAUAAGAGGAAAGUAGCUAUUUUACGUGUCUGUAAUUGAUUGUUGUGCUAAACUGCUAUUUUGUAUAUGAAGAAAGAAAUUUGCUGAACCUUGAUGGUGUGUUCGAAGUUUACAACAUAUAAGGACAUAAAUCAAAGUAUUCACUUGUUGUGACAUUGAACUGAGUGGCUGAAUAUAAGUGCAGGAAGAGAAACAGUGUAGAGACUGGUCAAGAUUCACCCACUCUCAAGACUAUUGAAGCAAGCAAAGCAUUUCACUGAAUUUAAUGUAGCUGUUGACUUCACACUAGUUGAACUUGUUGCCAAAUGAUAUUGUUUUUGAUGAUA